GGCCACGAGGAGGAGGAAGAUGGCCUGGGAGCCCCAGGCAGGAAAGGAGCUGAGCAUGGAGAGCAGGGAGGACAAAUCCCCACAGCAGAACCUGGUGGAAGAGGCCGUUCUGAGCACCUCCACAGUGCAGGAAUCCAGCGUGGAGGAAAAGCCCCGGAGAUGCCUCACCAGGAGGGGCUGCAAACGCAGAUCACGGGGAUCUGAGGAGGAAAGACCCACCCAGGGCCGGGGAGGCGGCCAAAGCUCGGAGCUGGGGCUCCAUGAGCAGCUGCAAGAUGAGGAGAAGCCCCACAGGUGCUCGGGAUGUGGGAAGAGCUUCAGGUGGAGAUGCGCCCUGAUCUGCCACAUGAGAAUCCACACAGGGGAACAGCCAUACAAGUGUGGGGAGUGUGGGAAGAGCUUCAGGUCGAGCUCUGACCUGACCAGACACCGGAGGAUCCACACAGGAGAACGGCCCUAUGAGUGUGCCGAGUGUGGGAAGAGCUUCUGCAUGCGUGUCGACCUGAUCGGACACCAGAGGAGCCACACGGGGGAAAGGCCCUACAACUGUGGGGUGUGUGGGAAGAGCUUCAGCCAUAGGUCCAACCUGGUUAACCACAUGGUAAUCCACACUGGGGAGAGGCCCUAUGAGUGUGGGCAGUGUGGGAAGAGCUACAGAAGAAAUCAGGAUCUGACCAUCCACCAGAGAAGCCACAUAGGGGAACAGACCUACGAGUAUGGGAAGAGCUUCUGCGAGCAUGCUGGCCUGAUCAGACACCAGAGCACACAGAGAGAGGAGAGGCCCUACGAGUGUGAUCAAUGCAAAAAGAGGUUUCAAACCACGUCCAGUCUCCUCAAGCACCAGCGCACUCACACAGACGAGAGGCCCUUCCGCUGCUCCGAGUGCGGGAAGGGCUUCAAGCGCAACUGCACCCUCACUGUCCACCUGAAGAGCCACACCGAGGAGAGGCCCUACGAGUGCCAUAAAUGCAGGAAGAGGUUUAAAACCAGCUCCGCUCUCCUCCUGCACGAACGGAUUCACACGGAUGAGAGGCCCUUCCGCUGCCCCGACUGUGGGAAGGGCUUCAAGCGCAACUGCACCCUCCUCAAACACCGGCGCAUCCACACCAGGGAGAGGCCCUACGAGUGUCCCCAGUGUGGGAAGAGCUUCUCCCAGAGCGCUCACUUGACCAGACACCGACAGAGCCACCACUAAGGGAAGCCCUGCGAGUGCCCCGAGUGCAGGAAGAGCUUUGUGCGCUGCUCCAGCUCCAUCCCCCACGGGAGGAUCUGCGCUGGAUGAUCCCGAGCGACCCCCAGUGAUCUGUGGUGCUGGUGAUCCGUGUUGGGAAGACACCUGCCUGGGGGCUCCACGUCCUCCUGGUUCCCUCUGGGCACCUGCAUACGUCCACAGCCCAGCAUCAGAAAUCCCUUGUGGAAAGCAGUUUUGUUGACUUCUGACCCCAGAAAAAUCUCAAUUUUUGCAUCUUCUGGUGGCAUCAAGGAACACUGGGUGGCCUUGGAGGUCGUCUCCAACAUAACUCCAUCCUUUUAAUUCUCUCUGGCCAAUGGGGAUCUUCCACAGCUAAACGGGGACAGAUUGGGGCAAACCCCUGAUUUUGGAGCCAGUGAGGUGGAAACCCCUCCGAAAAAGGUUCUUCCCUCCCAUCCAAGCAUGUAGAUGCUCUGCCAGCAGGGACACGUAAAUCCUUUUGUUUUGGCCUUGAAAUGAAAAGGUUUCUGUGGAUCCCUUUGAGACAUGGGGUUAAUAAUUAACUUGGGUAAGAAAUCUCUUUCAGAUUUUGGUGAAGUGUGCUGCCUUGAAUUAUUCAGUCUGUGGAGUCUAUUAUAAUUUGCUGUGCUGACAGCUGAAAAAAACUGCCUCAAACAAGAUGAAAGGAAUGUGAAUUUCCAAGCUAGAGGACAAUAAGAGUGGCCACUUUGACCUUGAAACAAGAAGGAAACCAAAACUGAGGCUGCAGGAGAGGGAUGGACAACCAGAGAGCUAAUUGUAAUGUGAAACUAGUAAAUGAAUAUAUGUGAACCUGUUGUGAAACCUAAUGCAUAUGCAACAGGUUAGGGGACAAAGGGGAGGUCUGGACUCUCUGG